GUAAAAGGCUGAGGAGAUGAACGAGGGAUUUAGAAGUUUUAUGAGGACUGAAGAGGAGAAGCAGAUGGGGUGCAGUGGAGUUGUGAGGAAGGAGUGGACUGGAGAGAGAAGAAGUGGAUUAGUGAAGGGGGUUGAAGUGGGAAGAGGAGGGAUGGAGUGAGGAAGGAGGAAUUUGAGAUUUAUUAAGAAAACUGAAGAAAAGAAGAUAAGAGAUGGAUUCAGUGACAGAGACAUUGAGAUCUUGAUGAGACUGAAUAGGAUGAUCGUUGAUGUUGCUGAUUUAAAUCUCAUGGUUUCUAAUUUGUAGACAAGAUUUAAAUUUCUUGUUUAUCAUCCAUAUAAAAAUUCUUUUAAAAAGUUCUUUGAC